CUUCAUUCUUUCCUUCGAACCUCUCAGUUGUAUAAUAAUUCCAUCCAUGGGGUAUAUUUGGAUGAGAAUGGAGAGCUGGUAGCUGAACUGGACAUUGUGAACACGGUGGUUUUCUCCAAUAUGUCUUUUAGCAAAGUGACAGUUGGGAGGCUAGAAAGAGUGGGAUCCUUAGAUUUCAAGUUCAUGAUGAACCAGAAUGCUAUUCCAAAGAUGGAAAUGCUGAACAAGCCCCUGCCCUCUUCCAACUGCAUGGAAAGCUGUCCUCCUGGAUUCAUGAAGGUGGCUCAGGAAGGAAAGCCCAUCUGCUGCUACAAUUGUCAUCCUUGUGCAGAAGGAUCCAUCUCCACUAUGGAAGGUGCCGACAAAUGUACCAAAUGUCCAGAUGAUCAACAUCCAAACAUCAAUCGAGUUCAUUGUAUCCCCAAGAUUAAAAGUUACCUUUCUUAUAAGGAAAGUCUGGGGAUCAUCCUGACUUCCAUUGCCUUGUUCCUCUCUUUAAUCAUAGGCUUUGGCUUGGGGAUUUUCAUUAAGUUCAUGGAAACACCAAUUGUCAAAGCCAACAACCGGGACCUCUCCUAUAUCCUCCUGGUCUCCCUCCUGCUUUCCAUCUUGACCUCCUUCUUCUUCAUUGGCCGCCCAAGGAAGUUGACCUGCCUCCUCCAACAAACAACCUUCAGCAUUGUCUACUCAAUUGCCAUUUCUUCAAUCUUGGCCAAAACGAUCACAGUGGUGUUAGCCUUCUUGGCCACAAAACCAGGGAAUAAAGUGCAGAGAUGGUUGGGGAAGAGCUUGGCCAACUCUAUCAUCUUUUGUUGCUCUGGUCUCCAAGCUGUCAUCUGCAGCAUCUGGUUGGGAACAUUCCCCCCAUUUCCUGACUCUGACAUGCACUCCCAACUUAGAGAAAUCAUUUUACAAUGCAAUGAAGGUUCUGUCACCAUGUUUUAUGUUGCCCUUGGAUACAUGGGCUUCCUGUCUGCUGUCUGCUUCACGGUGGCUUUCCUGGCCAGGAAGCUCCCUGGAACUUUCAAUGAAGCCAAGCUGAUCUCCUUCAGCAUGCUAGUCUUCUGCAGUGUCUGGGUGUCCUUUGUGCCUUCCUACUUGAGCACCAAAGGGAAGUACAUGGUGGCAGUUCAGAUCUUCUCCAUCUUGGUGUCCAGUGCUGGAUUGCUGGUCUGCAUCUUCAGCCCCAAGUGCUACAUUAUUAUUUUUAGGCCAGAUCUGAAUACCAAAGAACAUUUGAUGUCAAAAUAAAAU